AUGGCAGCAAAUUAAGAUUAGAUAUUUGAUGAAUAAUCAUAAGAAGCCACUAUUAAUGAGGAAUAUAAGAUAUGGAAAAAGAAUGCUCCAUUUCUUUAUGAUUUGGCAAUUAGUCAUCCAGUUGAGUGGCCAUCGUUGACUGUGUAGUGGCUGCCAAAGAAGGAAACUCCACCAGGUUAGGAUUAUUCAAUUCAUAAACUGAUAAUUGGAACAAAUACUGCGGAUAAUGAGAUGAAUUAAUUGAUGAUUGCUAAAGUUCGAUUGCCAAAAGAUUCUGAUGUGUAAUAGGAUCCUUCUGAAUAUAAAUAGAAUGAGCCAAGUGGAAUUGGGAAGGCUACAGGGGAGAGUAGAAUAGAAAUUGAUGUAAGAAUAAACCAUGAAGGCGAAGUGAAUAGAGCAAGGUACAUGCCAUAAAAAUCGAAUAUUAUUGCCACCUUCACAACCAAAGGAGAAAUCCAUAUAUUCGAUUACAUAAAGCAUCCAUCAUAGCCAUCCAACAAUUUGGUUAAGCCUGAUUUGAAAUUAGUAGGACAUCAAAAAGAAGGAUUUGGUAUGUCUUGGAGUGAAUAGAAAUUGGGACAUCUCGUAACUGGAGAUUACGAUGGCAAAUUGUGUAUUUGGGAUGUUGAAACUAAUUCACCAGAACCAAAAUAAACAUUUUAAGCAAAUAAUUUAUAAAUCGAAGAUGUUUGUUGGCACAGAUUUCAUCCAGAAAUCUUUGGUUCAUGUGGAGAUGAUAGACAUGUGAGAAUUUGGGAUACUCGUAAACCAUCACCAUUGAGCGAUAUUCAAACUCAUGCAGGUGAUAUCUACUGCUUAGAUUUCAAUCAUUUUAAUGAAUACUGUUUUAUUACUGGCUCAGAAGACAAGAGGAUCAAUCUUUUCGAUAUGAGAAACACUGAAAAACCAUUCCACACUUUUGAAAGUCAUGGUGAUUAGAUCUUAUCUUUGAAAUGGUCACCUCAUAAUAUGAAAAUAUUUGUUAGUAGUUCAGCUGACAGGAGAUGCAUGAUUUGGGAUUUCGGAAGAUGUGGAAGAGCACAAACACCAGAGGAAGCUUAAGAUGGACCUCCUGAAUUGUUGUUUGUCCAUGGUGGACACAGAUCUAAGGUUUGUGAUUUAGAUUGGAAUCUUAAUGAAAAGUAUAUCAUUUCUAGUGUCGAAGAUAAUAAUAUUUUGUAAGUUUGGUAAUUGGGAGCGCAUAUUUAUUAAGAAUGA